UGCUAUAUUGACCCUCGCGCUCACAUCACGCACAGCGCGCGCGCGCGUCCUAUCUCUCUCUCCAGCACCGCACACUUUGGAUACUUUUUUCUGCAGUUGAGGUGGGAAAAGAAAAAAAAAAAACUACUGUUGCUUUUUCUUAAAACAGCGAUAAAAGAACUGAAGUGGAGUUUUUAUAUAUAUAUUUGUUAAAAUUCUGUGGACAUUCUGUGGAUACUUUAAAGUUUUUUUUGUUUGUUUUUUGGGGAAAUGUAAGUCCAUAUAAAAAACACACCGAGAACGUGCGGUUUGAACAUCAGCAGACUUAAGGUUUGGUAAAUGUUGUAGCUGAAGCGGUGUGAUGAGGCAGACCACGGCUGCGCUCGUAGAGCUGUUGAAUGCGCAGAACUGCGCCGGGAUGCGGGACAGGAAGGAGUACGAGAGCCGCUCCAGAGAGCGAGGGGAAGCGGAGCAGGAGCGACACCGAGCCCGAGACAGGAUGGAGGCCACUCUGGCUGGUCUGGCAGAACUGGACUAUUUGAGACAGAGACAGGAGCUGCUGGUCCAGAACGCUCUAUCUAAUAAUCACGACAAUAUCAGCACGAGUGGGGAAGAAGAUCAUCAGCUGUGCUCUGGAGCGGAGGAUAACUACCUGAACAACGAGGAGAAAAUGCUGGAAGAGAACAUUUUGUUGUUGAGGAAGCAGCUGAACUGCCUACGGAGGCGAGAUGCUGGUUUGAUUAGUCAGCUCCAGGAGUUGGAUAGACAGAUCAGUGACCUGCGACUAGACACGGAGACCGUACAUGAGCAUCUGGAGAGUGAUAGCCGGCCCAGUUCAGGUUUUUACGAGUUAAGUGAUGGUACUUCAGGCUCCCUCUCUAAUUCCUCCAAUUCUGUCUUCAGUGAGUGUUUGUCCAGCUGUCGUUCCACAUCUUGCCUAUGUGCCCCCCUCGACACCUCACUCUGUGCCUCUGAAGGAAGACCCAAGUCCUCAGAUGAGCUGAGUGUCUGUGCUGAGUGUGAAGAGCAGUGUGAGGACUCGUGUUCUGGUACAGUCCGCAGGUCAUUGUCUGUCCCAUACUCUCCUUCUCCAGAUGGGAACAGUGACAGUGUGUCCAAAUUCCAUUGUGACCUGAUAGCCAAAAAUGGAAGUGAUAUAUAUCGCUACCCUAGCCCUCUCCAUGCUGUGGCUGUUCAGAGCCCCAUCUUUUUCCAAUCUAUGGUCAGCCAUCUGAAGGAAGACUCUGGCCUGUCGAAGUCUGGAGAAACCCUUGACAACGGUCAAAAAUCUGAGCAAUCUCAAGCUCAAACUCCCCUUAACAAAAGGCUGGAUAGUUAUAUCUUUGGACUACUCCAGAGGAGAGCGCAGCCAUUGAGGACUAAUAAACUUCGAACAAGCAUAAACACAGACCCAUCAAAGAGUGUAUUACGACAGGCCAGUCUCUGUGUUAGACCUACUGCUGCAGGACAGACCCAGCCAAGGACACCUGAACUCUCAUCCAACUGGCAAACUUGUUUGCAAGCAGGAACGGCUACUUGCACUGACCCCAGCACAGUGUCACCUCAAAGACAGUGGCCUAUUGAGGCUAAGGGAGAACACUUAGAGAAUAAUGGAGCUUCGUUUUCUCAAAAUCAACCACCAAAUGGAUUCAUAAUCAAAAACGAUAUUAACACUAAUAGCCUGUUAAAAAAGAAGGGCGCAGGGGCUAAUAAAGGCCAACUGUUAACUGCUGUUGCUAAGGAAUGCCAGGACUUGGGUAGCCCUAAUGCAGUUUCUUCCCCAAAACUUAAGAAGCAUUCUUAUUACCCUGCUGUGGAGGACAGUAAAUCAGGCAAACUGGUGAAAGGAGGAACUCCUAACAGAAGCCCUAAUGUUCAGGCUUCAGUGGCCUGCACUACCAAAGUGGAGCAGCCUCUGCCAGAGGUGCUCAGCCUUGGCUCCUCCUCUCAGAGUCAGGAUGAGGGAGGUCAGAUGGUCAGUGCACAGUACAUUUCUGCUCAAGAGCAGAGUGUUAAACUUCGCAAAGGCGGUAGCAAGAACGUGAAAAUUGUCAAGGUGAAAAAUGGCAGCAGCAUGAAACACAGAACCCAUUCCAAUGAACUUGUAUCAGAAACAGGCCGUGAGAGGCAUCGCACUGGAUCCAGGCGAUCCAGACAAGUGGAAGAUGUGGCUGUUUCAUAUAAAGCCUCCAAGAGGGCAUCUUGUAAAACCAAAAGGAUCCCAGCAUCAAUCCCUGAGGGACGAAUCCUGGAAAAACACACCACCUCCUCAGGCAGGUCAGCUUCCCAAAGACAACAUGGCCACCACAGGCAUCAUGAGGCUGUGCUGGCUAAACCCAAACACAAGCGCACUGAUUACCAUCGUAGGUUGCGGGGCAUCCCAGAGAUCCCUUAUGAGGAGGCUUUCAGGAGGGUUCAUCGCAGGCAAAAAAGGGAGAUGCUGGGCCACAUGUCAGGAAUGUAUGCCUCUUCCAACACACACAUCACCAGCCCUUAUGCCUAUGUGGGCAGUGACUCUGAGUACUCUGCUGAAUGUGCUUCUCUCUUUCAUUCAACCAUUGUGGACACAAGUGAAGACGAGCGCAGUAACUACACCACCAACUGUUUUGGGGACAGUGAGUCAAGUGCAAGUGAGGCAGACUUUGUUGCAGAAAGCACGACUAGCACUGACUCUGAAGGCAGCAGUGGGGUCAACUGGCCUCAGUAUAGUCAAGCAUCCCGUGAAAUGACUUCAGCACAGGCCAAAGCUUUUGUCAAAAUCAAAGCCUCCCACAAUUUAAAGAAAAGAAUCCUACGUUUCCGAUCAGGGUCUCUGAAACUCAUGACCACAGUGUGAGAGACUUAUGGGACCGGGGAGUAUGCAUUGUGAUGCAGCCAAUCAAAUUAGCUGCUCCAGUACACACCCAAUGAAGUGCCUAAUCAAAGUUCAGUCACACUGCUUAAAAACUAAAUCAUGUUGAGGAGAUCUUUCACUACAAGUGGAUUUAUUGAGCGACAUCCCCCAUGCACUUUCAGUAUCUUUAGGUUACACGUUAAAAUAAUUGAGAAACAUUUGACUAACCCCAUUGUUUCAUUUACUUUGGACAUAUUUAUUAUAAACUCAGAUUUUCCUCUGAUACAUUUACAUGGCAAGUGCAUUUGUAAAUGUGAUCAUUGUUCAUUUUUUUUUGUUGUUAAAUGAAAUAUUUAAAACUUAAUAUAUUUGGUUAGUCAUACAUGAAAUAAAAUAGGAAGUAUGAUUGAGAGAAACUAUAUUGUUUCUCAAAGAGAAGAGCUGAGAUGAAGCGAUAGACCAAGUCUAUCGGCUAAAUUGAACAAUAUUUGAGCAAGUUCACCUGCUGACAACAGGGCUUUUGUUAUAUGCACAAUAAAUAUGCAUGAGUGUUGACAUUACUAUUUACCUUGUGGUUUUUGCCUGUCAUUUGUAAAUUGCAGUCUGUACAUAUUUUUCAUUUGCCUUAUCUUUUUAUGCUUUAUUAAAUGUUGCCUUUGAUAACAGCUGUAAAUCUCUUUGGAACUGUUACUCGUAUGAUUAAAUUAUCAUCAUCA